GGGGCUGCCCCGGGCUCUUACCCAACGGCGGGCAGGGCUGGACCGGGCACCUUUACGUAAGACAGAGGCGGGACCAAAUCACGGUGGUGGUGGUAGCACCAUGUCCUGGUAUCGCAACGUCGUGUGGUUCGUGAAGGGGCUGCGGGAGUACACGAGGAGUGGUUACGAGUCUGCCUCCAAGCACUUCGACCCAGCAGAUCUGGAGGUGGACGUGGCUGGUAGAUCCUUUCUGAUCACUGGGUCCAACAGCGGCAUUGGCAAGGCUGCAGCCAAGGAGAUAGCACGGAGAGGUGGCACGGUUCACCUGGUUUGCCGCAAUAAGGAACGAGCUGAGGACGCCAAAGGAGAAAUAGUGACAGAAACUGGCAAUCAGAAUAUCUUCUUGCAUAUUGUGGACAUUUCUAACCCCAAAGAAAUCUGGAAGUUUGCUGAGAAGUUCAAAACUGAACAUAAAUUGAAUGUGUUGAUUAACAAUGCAGGGUGUAUGGUAAACAACAGAGAGUUAACUGAAAAUGGACUCGAAAAAAACUUUGCAACAAACACCUUGGGUACGUACGUUCUGACAACUGCUCUGCUGCCCCUCCUAGAAAAAGAGGCUGACGCCAGAGUGAUAACCGUCUCUUCUGGGGGCAUGCUAGUUCAAAAACUAAACAUAUCUGACUUGCAGUCAGGAAGUGGGACGUUUGAUGGAACUAUGGUGUAUGCUCAAAACAAGAGGCAGCAAGUUGUCUUGACAGAACAAUGGGCAAAAACUCACAGAAGCAUCCAUUUCUCUGUUAUGCACCCGGGCUGGGCAGACACUCCAGCUGUGAGGUCGUCGAUGCCAGACUUCUAUCAGAAGAUGAAGAACAGCCUGCGCACAGAGGCCCAGGGAGCUGACACUGUGGUGUGGUUGGCUGUAUCAUCUGAGGCAGCAAAGUUACCCAGCGGCCUCUUCUUCCAAGACAGGCAACCAGUCCCUACACACCUACCUUUAGCAAGGACCCACAGCCCACCAGGGGAUGAGGAGAAGCUAAUGGAGAUGCUGGAGGAACUCUCCCAGAAGUUUAAAUCCAUUUCUCCAGGAUCCCCUCAGUGCUGCUGAAGAUCAUGGACCAGAUCUUCCUGGAAAAUAUGCUAAGGCACAUGGAAGAGAAGGACGCGAUAUGGGAUAACCAGCAUGGCUUCACCAAGGGCAGGUCCUGCCUGACCAACUUUGUUGCUUUUUAUGAUGCCGUAACUGCGUCAGCAGACAAGGAAAGAGCCACUGAUGUCAUCUAUGUGGACUUCAGUAAGGCCACAGUCCCCCAUAACAGCUUUCUCUCCAAAUUGGAAAGAGACAGUCCCCUAUCACAUUCUUGUCUCCAAAGUGGAAAGGUACGGAUUUGAUGGGUGGACGGCUCAGUGGACAAGGAACUGGGAUCGUACCUUGAGAGUGAUCUAUGCAUUGAUGUGCAGAUAGAGAUCGGUUACAAGUGUGUUCCUCAGGGGUCAGUACUGGGACCAGUGCUCUUUAACAUCUUAAUUAAUCAACAGUGGGAUCGAGUGCACCCUCAGCAAGUUUGCAGAUGAUGCCAAGCUGUCUGGUGCAGUUGAUACACCUGGGGAACAGGAUGCCAUUGAGAGAGACCUAGACCAGCUCGAGCAGUGGGCCCAGGAGAACGUCCUGAGGUUCAAUAAAUCCAUAUGCAAGGUCUUGCACCUGGGUUGUGGUAACCUCUGCUAUCCGUGCAAACUGGUGGAUGUAAGGAUGGAGCACCGCCGCAAGGGACCUGAGGGAACUGGUGGAUGGGAAGCUGGACAUGAACCAGUAAUGGACCCUCGCAGCCCAAAAAAUCAACCAUAUCCUUCCAAAGCAAUGUGGCUGGCAGGGCGAGAGAGGUGAUCCUGCCUUUCUGCUCUGCUCUGUGAGGCCUCACCUGGAGUACUGCAUCCAGAUAUGGAAUUCUCAGCACAGGAGAGACGUGGACCUGUUGGAGUGUGUCCAGAGGAGGGCACCAAAAAUGAUCACCUCUCCUGUGAGAACAGGUUGAGGGAGUUGGAGCUGUUCGGCCUGGAGGAGAGGUGCCGGGGAGACCUGAAAGCAGCCUUUCAGUACCUAAAGGGGGGCUGUAAGAAGGAAGGGAACAGACUCUUUAGCAGGGUCUGCUGUGACAGGACAAGGGGAAACGGUUUCA